AUGAAACCUCUCAUCGCUGUCGUCGGAGCGACAGGUACUGGCAAGUCGAAGCUUGCAGUUGACCUGGCCUCGCGCUUCAAUGGCGAAAUCAUCAAUGGUGAUGCAAUGCAAAUGUACCGCGGCCUCCCGAUCAUCACCAAUCAAAUCCCUCCCGAGGAACGUAACGGUAUCCCGCAUCAUUUACUUAGCUGUGUCGAAAUAGAGGAAGAGCCAUGGUGGAUCGGUCGAUUCAAACAGGACAGUCUUCGGCUGAUUGACGAGAUCCACGCCAAGGGGAAACUUCCGAUUCUAGUCGGAGGCACACAUUACUACACACAAGCCGUGCUCUUCAAUGACCAACUGGUUGAUGCAGAUCAAGAUUCCAGUGAUGAUGAUCCAGUUCUCCGGGAUGACAACAGUGACCAGAACUCACCGACCAAAUGGCCGGUUCUCGACGCUACUCCAGAAGUGAUGUUGCAGAAACUCAAAGAAGUCGACCCGGUCAUGGCGGCCAGAUGGCACCCAAAUGAUGCCCGCAAAAUCCGGCGCUCUUUGGAGAUCUACUUUCAAACUGGGCGCCCUGCCUCUGAAGUCUACGCAGAACAACAGCGGCUGAAACAGGCUGACAUGGCGCGCAACAGCCUUUCUCUUGGCGUGGGCCGUUUGCGAUACCCGACAAUGAUUUUCUGGGUGCACUCGGAGAAGGAGACACUCAAUUCCCGAUUAGAAAAGCGUGUGGACUCGAUGGUAGACCAAGGGCUCAUGGAGGAAGCUAGACGCAUGUUUGAUUUUUCUCUGGAGAAGAAAAAGCAGGGCGAUCCGGUCGAUCACACGCGAGGUGUGUGGGUUUCCAUUGGCUACAAGGAGCUGGCGCCGUACUUCGAUGCCCUCUAUAAGGGCUCCAUGAGCGAGUUGGACUUGGAGGCCUUGAAAAGAGCCUGCGUCGGGUCCAUCAAGUCUGCAACGCGACAAUACGCCGUGUCACAAAUCAAAUGGAUACGAAAUAAGCUAUGGAAAGCUAUUGCCGAUGCAGGCGCGACUGAUCAUCUCUACCUUUUGGAUAGCACGAACGUCGAGGCAUGGAAGGAGACUAUAACACAGCCAUCAGAGGAAUUGGUACGAGCUCUGCUGAAUGGUGAAUCCACUCCCGAUCCCAAGUCACUAUCAGAGCUUGCUAGAACCGUCCUAGGUGCAAAAGAGGCGCAACCGCAGAGAGAUUCCAUCGCCUAUAUGAAAUGUAUAACGUGCAAUGUCUGCAAGAAGACAAUGCAAGGCAGUGAGCAAUGGGAUAUUCACAUCAAUGGGAAUGUACAUAAGAGAGCUCUCAAGAGUGCUGCCAAGAAGGCUGCACGUGAUGCGUACCUCCGGAAACGGCAGGAUAGCCUCACCUCAGAUGUCCGGCCAGACAUUGGCAGUGAAGCCGCGAUCAAAGAAGACGCGGGGUAA